UGCGGCGGAAAGAGACUAGCGAUAUGUGGAAGCAAGUGCGGAGGAGGCAGAUGUACUGGGAAAUGAGAAGGAAAUGGAGGUAGAGGAAGAGGUCCGGAAGGAAAAUGGGAAGGAGGGAGCAGACGGGGUGGGUAAACCAAUUGCGGAGGCGGGGGCAGAGACAGAGAAGGUGGUGGAACACCAUGCGGCUGUUGUUGCUGAUGAGGCGAUUGUUGCUGUGGUUUCCACAAUUGCUGCUGCUCCUCCUGAGGAGUGGACGGCCUUGGCUCCGCAGGGGGGGGUUGAACCUUCGCCUGUGAAGGCUGGGGCAAUACCGUCUGCUGUUGUUGCUGAGGCGGCGGCGCACCCGCCGCUGAAGACGACGAUGGCGGCGGCCCCGGCGCGGGCGGCGACUGCUGGGACUGGGACGGCUGCAAAUGAAGUGGCACUGGAAAGAAGGGUGUUGAAGAGGGAGGAGCAGAAGGGGGAGCUCCCGGCGGAGGAGGCAGGGAAGGUGCCGACGAAGGCGCAGAUGGGCCCAGGGAAAAUGGUACCUGGCUUGGCGGCACGUAUUGGGGACGCGGCAUUUGCAUCGGCGAGCAAGAUGCGCCAGGUGCGCCAGACGUCGGAAAGCAAGGAUGGGGCUGGGAUACAGCAGAGGACAGCGGCGGCGGCGGCGGCCGAGGGGGUAGGGAUGGAGGGCGCAGCAUCGAGGACGAUGACGAUCCUGGAACGGGUGGCACGGCACUCAGUGUGGCCCAUGGCGGAGGAGGGUGGACUUUGCCGGCGGGGAAACCGGGCGGACGCGGCGGGGGUGGUGUGGGAGACGAAGCUGUCAACGUCGGGCGAGCUGAGGGAGCAUCGGGCGGCGGCGGAGCGGGAGGUGUAGCGGGCGCCGCUGAAGGUGCGGAGGAACCCGCCCCGCCCUUCGUGCCAGCUGCCCCCCCCUCGCUCGAGUGCGCGCAUCCCACUGUCGAGGGUGGCGGUGCAGGUGAGGACCCAUGAGAUGGAGGCGGGGGAGGCCUUGGCACCACGGCGGAAGACGGAGGGUGCAAGGCGGCUGCGCCCAAGGGAGGUAGGGUUGAUGGAUGCGCCACGGUUCCAGCAGACAAAGGAGAGGCUGAGACAUGUGGAGGAGGAGGUGUGCGUAAAGGAGGGGUAGGCAGGCCAGGUGGAGCGAUUGGGGGUCCCUGAUGCGAGAGAGAACCACCUGGGGGUGCAGGCGGAGGCGGAGGAGCCGCCGCAGCCGACUCCCCCUGCUGUUGCUGCUGCUUUUGUUGUCUUUGGUGUUGCUUCUGCGACUGUUGCUGCUGUUCUUCAGCCUGUUGCUGCUGCUGCUGCGAUUGAAAACCAGAUGGUUAUUGUAAGCCAACUCGCCAUGCCAAACACACCGGAAUCUCUCCCGCGCGCGCCCCGGGGCACGUACACACAAAAGAAAAGAAAAAAAAACAAGAAAGGAAGGCACAAAACGAAAGACAGGCACGGACACAACGACAGACAACAAAAAGGCAGCAGAGCACAACAACAAAAUGGCAGCAAAGAA